AUGGAAGUUACGUCACGUAACCAGAAGGACGGCAUGAAAGACCAACUGGCCACGGGUGCCCGUUUCUUCGAACAUGAGCCGUUGCGUCAGGACAACAAGCGCCUGAUUAUGUCUUCCAAAAACGAAGGCUCUAGCAUCAACAAACCUUACGAUGAAUAUGCAACGGAACACCAUAUCGUCCCCGACGGCUCAGGUAUCGUCGCUGAGUUCAACAGCAUGUCAGGGGACAAACAGGAAGGCACUGCAUUGACAUAUUUACGGUGCCAGACAAUAACGAGCUCAAACGCUAUUGCCCUUGGAGCAGCAAUCACAUUUCACAAUCGCGUUCUUUUGGCCCAAAAGGCGAACGCUGAUUCCAAGACCCUGAACUGGUUGUGUACAAAUGCAAAGCCGCACUUUGGUGACAACCAUCUCCUUGUCAUUCUAAACGACUUUUUCAACCUGGCGACGUCGGACAUCGAAAAUCAAAUCACCAAGAUGCGACUGUGGGACCCAUGA